AUCGAACGCGGGGUUUGUCGGUGACGCUCUAUAAUGACGCUUUUAUGCACUGUUUUAUGUGCGCUUUUAUGUGUUAUACACAAGUCAAAUCAUUAGGUACCUAAUACCAGGGUAUAUUGCCUAAUGCCCUUAUACAAUCUCUCUAUACCGUGGUGUUAUAUUGAAGCAUUGAUAUUUCCCUAUAGAUGCAGUAAUAAUCCUAAUUUCAGACUGCACUGCAUUUCAUUGGAAUUUGAAUUGGAAUUUGGAAUUGAAGCUGUGUUCUGGGUUCUGCUGGUUUCUAUUUACCCUGAAGUCUUGCUUAUGCUGUGAAACAGUGCGAGGAGGAAAUUGAGUACCUACCUACUUGACAUGCUCAGUAAAUGAUGUGAUUUAUAGAUUUAAAUCAUAGAUCAUUUCAAUUUAUUUUUUUGGUGAUCACGCUACAGCUAUAGCUUUUGGCAUAAAUAUUCAAGGAUGCUUAUCAAUGACAUAAAGAAGGACUUCUACCAGCAGCUGUUAGAUCAAAGAAUACUUCUCCUCGUGCACUGUGAUGUAGAUGCAAUCUGCACUUCAGCAAUUCUUCAAGAGCUCUUCCGUGGAGACCAUGUGCUGUAUACCCUCAUACCUAUAAAGGGCCCAGAUGACCUGCGCCAGUCCUUUAAGGACAAUGUGGGCCUGGUGCGACUGGUGGUCCUCAUCAACUGUGGCAUCUCCAUGGACCUGGUGGCUGAGCUGGAUCCUCCCGAUGACGUCAUCAUAUUCGUCAUUGACUCCCAGCGGCCGAUGGACGUCAACAACGUCUACAACGACGGACAGGUUCGGAUCGUGACUCCGGUGACCGCCGAGGACGGCGUUCCUCCGUUCUCCGAUCUGUACCGCUCGGACGACUCCGACUCGGACUCGGACGCCGGCGAGUCGGAGUCGGGCGGCGAGAAGCGGCGCCGCUACGACGCGGCGUUCCUGGCGCGCCGGCAGGAUCGGCGCCGCUGGGAGGAGCGCCGAGACCGCCUCCUGGCCGAGUACUCGCAGUUCUCGAUGUACGGCGACUGCAGCGCCCUGCUCGCCUACGACCUGGCGCUGCGCAUGAGCCGCGACACGUCUCAGCUGCUGUGGUACGGCCUGGUGGGCCUGACGGAGCAGCUGCUGCUGCGCAAGGUGGAGCACCAGCGGUACGUGCUGUCGGCCGGCCACUACCAGGGCCAGGUGGCGCGCUACGGCCAUCAGCGCGACGAGACCACGUCGGCAGACUGUCUGCGACUGGCCUUCGAGCAGGACCUGAACCUGGUGCUCUACCGGCACUGGAGUCUGUUCGACAGUCUGCGCUUCACUCCGCUGGUCGCCUGCCAGUUCAAACUGUUCACCUUCAAAGGCGAGAAGCGGCUGCAGGAGUUUCUGGCCGAGCUCGGCCUGCCACUGGUGCAGUGCCGACAGAAGUUUGCCUCCAUGGACAUGACACUUCGCGGACAGGUGCGGGACCUGAUCCAGGCCAAGGCCGAGAAGUACCUGCUGGACGGGGUGCUGUACGGCGCGUUCCAGGCACGACUAGGCUUCCGACAACCGCUGGCGGCCGCUGACGUGGUGCACGCCAUGGUGGCCCUGCUGGAGAACCCUGACCCGCAUCGGUCGGCCGACGACUGCUUCAUGGACGCGCUGUCCGCCCUGGACCGGCGCCAGGAGCCGCUGCUGCGCCGAGGGAUCGGACUCGCCGAGAAGCUCGCCCAGGUGACGUGCGCCACCGUGCAGAGCCUGCUGGACAUGCACCAGGUGAUCUCCGUGGGCGCCUUCCUGUACGCCACCGUCUCGGACGGCGAGCCCAACUCGCACUUCUUCGCGCGGCCGCACUGUCUCACAGCGCUGGCACACUUUGUGCUGCGCGCGCACGUGGCUGGGGAGAGGUCGAAGCGCUCCCGACAGCUGCCUCUGAUCCUGACCACGCCGCUGGGCCGCGACGGUGGCGCCUGCCUGGUGGUCGGUGUGCCGCCCCUCUCAGAACAGUCGCCGAGAAACCUGUUCGGCAAGGCGUUUGAGAAGGCGGCUCAGCGGAUCCGGGCGAACAUAACGCCCAGGAGCUUCGACGGCUCGGUGGUGGAGGUUCAGGUGGACGAUCGCACACGCUUUGUGGACGCCCUCGUCUCGCUGCUCGCCUGAUGAGAGUCGCUCAGGUACGUCGCUGUGUGCUGCGGUGCGUUGUAGAGGCGUCGGACUAGACGAGGAGCUAUUCCGUCUUGUGGUUUUGAGCCCGGUGAAUCGGUGUGGAGGAUCAUCAACCACGAGAAAUGGACGGUGGAACUGGACAUGGUACAAACUUUGCUGGAGAUUGUGAAGUGUUCCUGUGUAUGCCUCAAGUGCUGCUAUUCGAGAAUGCUGCUCAAGUGUGCGGAAAACCGUGCCCUGGGAUAAGUGAAAGCAAGGCGCAACUGAAGUCCGUUUGAUUAUAUUAAUCCGGGAUAGUACUGAGAGUGUGCGCUCUGCUGUUACCCAAAUUUGUCAGCACGGGGUAUUUAGGUUUUCCUCUUCUAAAUUUUCUUUCAAUCUCACUUGUUGGGUCGCUAUAUGUUGUCCUUUGUAUCACUACGCCUGUUUUUUUCUUCUUUCGGCGAAUGUCAAUGAUCGAUAUUCGUACUUUUAUGAUACACCGGCAUCCUCUCGACACCUCAGUCUUGUGACAUGUCUGAGGAAAUUUUGUGGACGUGCGUGAUAGUUAGGCUUCUGGAUGGCGUGCGUUGUUUUCGUGACGACUGAGUAGGUAAUGCGUGGGUGUGUUUGCGUGUGUGAUAUAAAAGAGUACGUCUGUGGUGUGUUGAUUGUCGACGUCAGCGACGAAAACUAGACGAGGUGUUCCUGUUGCUCUUUAGCAAUGUGUUUUCCGCGCCCUGCGUUACAUCUUUGGCGACUUCGAGGGACAUUGUAUUGUAUUAAUAAAAGCAAAUGCAAAGUCAUUCGCUGUGAAGUUGUCCAACUUAUAUGUCACGGAUUGUAAAUAUUUUUUAGGAUGAAUUGAAAAUGAAAAUGAAUUGAAUACUUCGUUACAA